UGUAGUCAAUCACCGUGGGUGGUGAUGGGGAUAGAGGAUUACCAUGUCAUCGAGCUCGUCGGGGAGGGCUCCUUCGGGAAGGUGUACAAAGGGAGGCGCAAGUACACUCGCCAGACGGUUGCGAUGAAGUUUAUCCUUAAGCAUGGGAAGACUGACAAAGAUAUACAUAAUCUAAGGCAGGAGAUUGAGAUUCUGAGGAAACUCAAACAUGAGAAUAUAAUUGAAAUGAUCGAUUCUUUUGAAACCCCUCAGGAAUUUUGUGUUGUCACAGAAUUCGCUCAGGGAGAACUGUUCGAGGUGCUUGAGGAUGAUAAGUGCCUUCCAGAAGAACAAGUUCAAGCAAUUGCUAAACAGCUGGUAAAAGCACUUCAUUACUUGCACUCCAAUCGUAUUAUCCACCGUGAUAUGAAACCUCAGAACAUACUUAUUGGGAAAGGUUCUGUUGUGAAGCUCUGUGAUUUUGGGUUUGCUCGUGCCAUGUCAGCUAAUACUGUUGUGUUACGUUCUAUAAAAGGAACACCUCUAUACAUGGCUCCAGAACUUGUGAGGGAACAACCUUAUAACCACACAGCAGAUCUAUGGUCACUUGGUGUCAUCUUGUAUGAACUAUUUGUUGGACAGCCCCCUUUUUAUACUAAUUCAGUCUAUGCACUUAUCCGACACAUUGUCAAGGAUCCUGUGAAAUAUCCAGAAAAUAUGACCACACAUUUUAAGAACUUCUUAAAGGGUUUAUUAAAUAAGUCGCCUCAAAGCAGAUUAACCUGGCCAGCAUUGUUGGAGCACCCAUUUGUCAAAGACAAUUCAGUGGAACCAGCAGCUGACAAUGAAAGUACUCCCUUUGAAGUUAAAGGAUCCGAGGCUACCUGGAAGGCAGAUGAAAUCCAAACAUCCAGGAAACAGCCAUUUGCUGCUGAUCCACAAAGUAGAAAUACUACUGAAAACAGGGAAAAUGUGUACGAUAAACAUAACAACUAUAAAAAAGUGGAAGGCUCGAAGAAUGCUGCUGAGGAUCAUCAUAGUUCAUCUACUGUUCCUGUUUCUGACAUCAGCACUCCAUCAGAAUGUACAGCUUUAGAUAAGCUGGAAAAAACUUCUGAAACAGUAAAAGGUGCAAAUGCCAUUGUUGAAGAUAGUGAAGCCUUGUCAACUGUCCUUAGCCCCAUCAAAGUUUGGUUGAGCAACCCCAGGGAACUGAAUAUUGAUGGUGCAAAUCAGUCGCUCAGAAUUGUAAAAAAAUUAAUUGAAGCAGGGUCAUAUCAAUCUUGUGCUACAAUUGAUGACAUCAUCUGCAUAUUUCUUGAGUUUACAAGUGUCAUUAUCAGAACAAAGCUUUCAGAUGCUUACAGCCUUGCAGUGAAGUGCUUAGCAAUAGCGCGAAAGUUGCUUGAUACAAGUGAAGGCGCUGUACUGCAAUCUUAUGACAGACACUGGUCCUCUCUAUAUGAGCUUUAUUCACAGAUUCUGGUUUCUACAAUUGAUCCAUCUGGAAGAAUCUCUCGCGAGUCAACUGCAUGCCUUGCUCUGAUGUUAUCUCGCGUUAUUUCUGGAUUAAAAACAAGUAUCUCCUCUGAGAGUCCAAAGCCAAUGGAAGAAAGUCUCAUCAAGAUCAUCAAUCAUGCAAGGAGUUCGCAGUUACUAGAACUCUUAUGUGAGUGUCUAAUAGCUUCAGGUUCAGACAUAAUAUCAGGGUCAACUAACAUGGUGCCAGCAGCUUGUGAGGCAUGCAAAGCCAUUUGGUAUCUGGCUCAUGCUGUUGAUAUUAUGUCCCUUGGCACACACAAUUUUUCAUUUCCACUAGCUAACUCGUGGCGACAAGUUCACGCAACGCUGGAUGGUAAAAUGCAAGACCAAGGUUCAUUGCCAGCCCCACAAAAAAAAGAUUCAUUACCAGAUCCAGACUCUACCCACCUGAUAAAUAUAUUUGUCAAAUCAUUUCUAGCUUCAAAACCAAUGCAGGUUGCAGUUUAUCAUUGCUUGCAUAAUGGUUUGGAGUCAGCUAUCCAUGCUUCUCUUCAGCUAAUCUCGAGAGCUUGUCUACUGGAUCCUUCUUUCUGUGCUAUUAUUUGUGGCCCAAUGAAUUCAUCAUCGAAUCUCUAUGAAGUAGAAUAUGGUGGAGAUGGGACAAUUGUAUGUGAUAUGUUUUCUCUAUUGUCACUUUGUGGCUCAUAUUUGAAUAAGGAUUCCAAGCAAAACAGUAAUCAGAAAUGCAGACUAUCCAAUCCUCAUGCCCUAGUAGUGCACUGCUGCCUUGCAUUGGCAACAAUAGCUGCAUGCCUGAAGUCAGAGGGGAACUCUUCAGCAUCAGUUAUCUUAACAAGUUCCCAGAAGAAACAACGGUCUCGACUUUCUGUUCUUGCGCAUCUCUCUUCAGUUGAUGAUACAGUCAAGAGUUGCCUGCAGCCACACUGUGCAUCUGCAAUGCUUGCACUAUCAUCACUUAUUUCACUGGAAAAUGGAGGGCAAAGCAGAUCUUCUCUUUGUGAAACUGCCCUUGCUUUGUUUCCUCGUAUGGCAACAAUACACACAUUACUGAAGCUUUGGCUAUCUGAUGGUAGUGAAGCACUCUGUCGAUAUAAUGCUGGUCUGUUGAAUCUGUUCAGCCUUCGUGAUGGAUGUGUUGGGCUGUUGGAGACCAGAUUGAAAUGGGGUGGGCCAUUGGCAAUUGAACAAGCCUGCUCUGUCGGCAUCCCACAGCUCCUAAUUCGCUUGCUUACAGAUGGAUUCUCCAAGGAAUCAUCUGAUGAGAAAGAAGGUUCAACACACCGUAGUGGAUUAUCACCAUUGGGAGUUGUUUGGACUCUCUCGGCUUUAUCUCAAUGUCUACCUGGUGGUGUUUUCCGUGAAAUUUUGUAUAGAAGGGAGCAUGUUAAGCUUUUAACUGACCUGUUGGGUGAUAUGCACCUCAAGGCAUUGGCAACUUGGACUGGUCUUGGUGGUGGGAAAAAAGGAGUUCGGGAACUGAUAAACUCGGUGGUUGAUAUUUUGGCAUUUCCCUUUGUUGCAGUGCAGAGUUCUCCAAACAUGCCAUCAACUUCUGCAUCCAUCAAUAGUGGCUUUCUUCUUAACAUUGCAUCACCUGGUGGAAGAAUUGGUACUGAGAAUAAGGAAAUGCUGAAAACUAUUGAGAAAAACAUGGGUCAAUACAUUCAAGUUCUACUAGAGGUUAAUGUUCCUGGCUGUAUACUUCGCAGUUUUGAUCAUGUUGACUUGGAAGAUCUAUCAAGACCCUUGGCCAUAGUUGCCAAAAUGGUUGGGUACCGUCCGCUUGCUUCGCAGCUUCUUAGAGAAGGUUUACUAAAUCAUAGCAGAGUUGAAAAAUUACUGAAAGGCCCUAUCACUAAAGAGACGUUGCUUGACUUCCUCAUGAUAGUUUCUGAUCUUGCUCGAAUGUCAAAGGACUUUUAUGAGCCAAUUGAUAAGGCAGGCAUGAUUGGAUAUCUGAAGAACUUUCUGUCAAAUGAGGACCCUGAUUUAAGAGCAAAAGCUUGCAGCGCAAUUGGCAACAUGUGCCGCCACAGUGCCUACUUCUACAGUUCACUUGCAUCAAGUAAGGUAAUUGAGCUGGUAGUUGACAGGUGCUCUGACCCUGAUAAACGCACUAGGAAGUUCGCGUGUUUCGCUGUAGGAAAUGCUGCUUAUCACAAUGACAAGCUAUAUGAAGAACUUAGACGGUCCAUACCUCAACUCACCAAUCUACUUCUUGCGCCUGAGGAGGAUAAAACCAAAGGCAAUGCCGCAGGAGCACUGAGUAACUUAGUGAGGAACUCUAACGUACUCUGUGAAGAUAUUGUCUCCCAGGGCGCAAUUCAGGCCCUGCUGAAGAUGGUCAGCAACUACUCCACCGUGGCUCUGAGCCCCAGCCGGAAGGACGUGCUAACGGAGUCGCCGCUGAAGAUCGUCCUCUUCGCCCUGCGCAAAAUGUGCGACCACGCCGCCUGCCGUCUCUUCCUCCGGUCAUCGGAGCUGCUCCCGGUCAUCGUGCACCUCAGGCAGUCGCCGGAUUCGACCAUCUCUGAGUAUGCUUCCGCCAUCGCCACCAAAGCUUACCAGCCUUGAGCGAGCCCUUCGCGUUCCUGGUUCCUCCCGGUCGGGCGGGGUUAUGAUGUUUUGGAAUUGUCGUAUUUAGUACAGUAUAUCACGAUCAACUAGCCAGAUUAUUAUGUGUUGUAUAUAUGAGCCGAUUUGCCGAGAGAAGGGCAUAUAAUUACCUUACACUUUAAA